AUGACCACGCUUUCAUCUACCACGUUCGAGCUUGACUCACCUCCAGUAGACGAGUCUGUUAAUGACCCACUGUAUAAUGAACGAUUCGAUGCUUUCCUACAGAAGAGCCUCGCAGAUAUCAAAGCUUUUGCUGAUCGAGAGCUGCGUUCAUAUGAUGAGACAAGGCGGCGCGUUGCUGAAUGGCAUGCUAAACACCUCUUUCCUCAGUCGCCUUCAUCCCUUGCUUCGGGAAAGAGUCCGCCUCAAGUGAGAUCUAUUCUUUGCGAUGCUUCACAUAUCCUCGAAUCCCUAUCUGCGGUCUCAAAUACACAGUCAUUUUUAUUGGCAAUAAAUCCCAGCGAUCCAUCUGAUCAGGGAUUCUUAGGAGGAUCUGUGGUCGGUAGGGAGUUCUGGCGUGGACUGCGAGGUGGAGGCGUCCAAGGGGCCAAAGCUUUCAAAGUAUACUGCGCCAAUCUCAUAUCACAGGCGGAGGCAAGCCAAAACCCCUCGAAUGCUGGUAAAUCUGAACGUAAUGUAUCUACACCUCCUGCCAAAUCCAUCAAAUCCGAACUUUAUGAAAGCGUGCGCAACGCCCUCAGGCUGGCGAGCGGCGUCCGCAAUGCAGAAAUGAAAUGGACGAAUCCAGAGAGAUUAGAUGUAUACGGAGUCCGACUAGAGGGCUGGCCAGAAGGUGUCCCUGCCCAGAAUCCCUCGACUCUGAGGGUUAAUCAGAACAAAAUGCUGCUCGAGGCAAUGCAAAACGGCUCGAUGAAGUUUGUUAAACUUGUCCCUGAACCUAAUGAAUCACACGACGCGUCAACAUCAGGCCAGACUGAAGCUGCGAAUGAAGAUUUUUCGUGGGCUUAUGAUGCGGAUGCUCUCACAACGUCGACUUCGCCUUCUCCUUCUCCUGGCCCAAAUCCUGCCUCUUCAACUUUCUCCAAAGCUUCCACUGUGACUCCAGUGCCAACGACAAUGAUCGAUAACAAUGAUCCAUGGGCCCUGACACCGUCCAUAUCCGUUGAACCUGACGAAGCGAAUUCUUCUUCUUCUUAUGAUGUAAACUAUGCUUGGGAAGACAGCUUCAAUGAGGAAGCCGUAAAUACCCUGGGAGAAGAUUGGGACGAUGGAGUUAUCCUUGAGCGGCCGAGAAAGCGGCAACGAAGCGAAGAGCCUCCUUAUUCUGGGUUUACAGAAUAG